GGCCAGCCACAGCGCGCCCAGGUAUCGCCGAGGGAAGUGUGUCUCUCCGCGUGUGCUUGGUAUCGCUGGGCUUAGAUUGUGUUGCUCCUGGAGUGCGGGUGUUGUGUGGCCAUGAAGGUGGUGGUGGUGCUGCUGGUGGCGCUCUGGGUAGGAGGCGAGGCGAAGAAGAAGGACGGCCCGCAGGAAGAUUUCGAGUUCGUUGAGGACGGCAAGGACCAUGGAUUAUCAGGUCAGCGGCGACUCUGGAUGCUUGACCCCGACAACGCGCUGUGUGGCUUGCUGCGCUGCGGUCGGCGGGAGGUGUGUCUCCUGCAGGACCGCUUCACCGCUGUCUGCGUGAACAAAGCCGAGGUGACGAGCAACGGCGACAAAAUCAUCCCCAUGAAGGACGCCGCCGCGGGUCCCGACAACGACCUCCCGAAAUCGUGGGACGCCCUGGACGACUACGAUGACGACGACGACGAUGAAGAUUACUACGACGACGAGGACGACGAGGAGUACCUGCUGGAGGACGAAGAUGACGAUGAGGAAGAGAACCAGUACGGGGGCAGUACACAGCAGACGCAGCCACCAGCACAGACACAGCAACAACAGCAACAGCAACAACAACAACAACAACAGCAAAGUCAGCAACAGCCAGGUGGAGAUCAACAACAGACCCAACAACAGGAACAACAACAACAACAACAGCAACAAAGGCUGAAUCGACGACCAUUUGCAGAGAAGCAGUGCCCCGCGUGCCCCAUCGUGCAGCCUGUCUUCCUCUGCGGCUCCGACAACCGCACCUACUCCUCCCUCUGCCGCCUCCACUACCACAACUGCAUCCACACCGCCUCCAUCCGCGUGGCGUGCAAGGGGUUCUGUCCGUGCAAAGACUCCAGCCCACACCUCGCCAAGAAGGAGCGUCUUAGGGAGCGAAAGGACGCCUACCUCAGCAAACUACGAGCCACCACGACCCAGGACGCCUCGAGCUCAUCCGCCACCCAGACCUCCCAGGCCCCAGACUCCCCCAGCAGGGCAGAGGGGCGCGAGAACAUGACCCGGGGCAGGGGGCAGCAGGGGCGCGGCAGGGAGGGCGGCAGGGGUAAGCACGGGAAGGCUGCCGGGGAAAAGUACAACAACAGGGUGAGGAGUCGCUUCGGGAAGAACAAGAAGGGCGGGAAGAACAGCUACAAACACGGCGGGAAGGACAACUACGGGAGGAUGGAUAAGUACAACGCCCAGCGUCGCCCCUGGUCUCGUCGCAACAACAACAACAACAACAAUAACAACAACAAAGAGGAAACCAAGUACAAGACUCCUAACACAGUGUGGGGACCCAACGAGUGCACGCAGAAGGCCCUGGAGGCGAUGGGCAACAGGAUGCUCGACUGGUUCUCCGUCAUCAUGGCAGACUCACGCAGCAGACCAACCACCCCGUCCAACAAAGCGCCGUCGUGGUGUAAGCCUGAGGUAUCGUGGAUGUUGGGUCACCUGGACAUGGACAGCGACGGGCGGCUCAGCGUCAAGGAACUCUACCAGCUUGAGCACGACGACCACGAGCGGUGCAUCAAGCCCUUCAUCGACCGCUGCGAUUUGGACAGAGACAUCUUCCUGUCAGCCCGGGAGUGGUGUAAGUGCUUUGACAAGUCCGAGAGGCCGUGCGCUGCCCUCCGCAAAGCCAGCAAGGGACUCCUAGGUGGCUACAUCCCAGAGUGUGACAGCGAGGGCUACUACCAGCCCACGCAGUGCCACGCCGGGGCACAGGUGUGCUGGUGUGUGGACAGGCACGGCGUGGAGCUGCCCGGCACACGGACCCACAACACGCCCAACUGCGACGCGAUAGUGAACAGCGAGGAGGUGAGCAACUACGUGGACGACGACGAUGAUGACGCCGAGGACGGGGACGAUGACCUGGAUGUGGUGGAGGGCAGCGCCGACAUGCCCCUGGACAUCUAGACGCCCUCCCGCUCGCCUCGCCGCACCGUCACCACCGCCGCCGCCGCCGCCGCCAGACUCGGAGGUGUGGGCGCGGCGUCCAGCCAGUCAGCCCUCUAGGAGCCGCCGCAGGGCGAGGCGCGUCGUCGUCAUGGAGGGUCGUGGCCGCCACAGUGGUGAGGGAGGUCGUCCAUCGCCCUCGCCACAGCCACCCCCGCCUGUAGAUACUCAGUGUUAACGAGUCACCCGGCGUGAGGACGUCCGUGCCCCAAGCCGGGUGGCGGAGAUCCGCACGCCGCCCACGCCGGUGGUCUGGACGGCUGGCGGAGCACCACUUCCUCACAGCCGUCGCCGCGUGGCGUGGCCGCCACACGAGUCCGCGGCACCAGUGGCGGAGGGCGUCACCGUGCCACGUGCGGGUCAUCCAGCAUUCCUCACUGCACGCCACCAACCAAAGAGUCAGGGUCAUCAGAUGGGUGUAUCGAUAUCCUCAAAGUGGAGAUGCAGUGUGCAGCGGCCCGGCCAACACCACCACCCGUCCCGCGGCCCUGCAGACCACUGGCAGCCUGUCGUACAUAUAUACAUAGUGGAGUUGUCGAGAGGGCCGGCGGCGGCUGACUGCAGCUUCUAGUCGAGCAGAGUUGUUAGCUUAGUUUCUUGACACUAAAGUUUCACAUUUAAGGUUUGAACGUUUGUACUUUUGGUAGAAGUGCCGCGUCUAGACAUUCCUUUACCUGUACCCGAGGCGGCCCGCGAGCGGCUGCCUCUCUCUGUACAUAACAUGCUGGAUGACUAUAAAGCCAAUGUUUAUUUUAGCAAGUUGAGUUGAUAGAGUGCGAGAGGCGUGCCGAGCCCAGCCUGCACGGGGCGUGGCACGCCUCUCGCCGGGCGGCUUCGCUGUUGUCCACUGGGACGCUGCUUGCCACGAUGAGUUGUUUCCUUAACCAAAGUAAUGAUGCAUUUAUGUCUCUUGAGGAUGAUCUGUGUACUACUCGUACUGUAUAUUACUGUUUCCCGCACCUCAGUUGUCCUGGUGGUGGAGAGGCAAAGGUUGGCGGCUUCACGUCGGCCUGCGCAGGAAAGCACGCAUCGUCUCCUGAUGGUGACGCUGACGAGGGUGUGACCUUAGCUCUAGUCAGUCCCGGCUCAUGCAUGAUUCAUGGCGUCGCGGAUGUAGCCAUUACUCUACGUUUUGUAAAGCGUCGUGUGUGGCGCCUUGUAGGUGCCAUGGUGGGAGACAGGAGUUCAGUGGGCACCUCACACCUGCCAACUGCCCUCCGUACCACCAACACAACACCACACCAAGCAACAGUACCACAACACCAGGCAGCCCUGCAAUACACCACCAAGCAACACAGUGCCACAAGGGCAGGACAGUUCACACACCGCGGCAGGCAGGGGACCCCACUGAACACUUGCACUUCAGCCGGAUUCUGCUUGGGAAACUGGCCCAUGUUGCGCUCACCCACCUUCCUCCCCUCCCCUGAUUCCAGCACCAGCAGGACCUCAAAUCAUCCCUGAAACCUUAUUCAUUAAAAGUCCUCCCAUCCCUUGGCCUUCAAGGCUUAAAGUUACCCAUUACAUUUCUGCAAUAUUUGGCUUGCUCUCAGUCAACCCUUAAGUCAUCAGUAAGUCCCCUCACCCAGGAACUCACAUCACCAAAUUCUCUCAAUAGGUUUUCUCUAAGACCUUGUAUCCAUUGAAGCAACCCUCCCUUUGUAAGUGACCCAUGGAACCUCACGUUUCUAUAAGGCACUCCUCCCCUCAUCAUUGUCAUCAGUGCGUCACCGAGUCACCUUUGAUCCUAUGCUAGUCACCCACAGAUCCUACACAGGCAAAAUUCUUCACCCUCGGCUCUCGGUCAGCAGCCCUUACACCCAUUACCCUCGGCUCUCGGGCAGACUCGCAGGGCCCCACAAGGCCUCCUCUUGGCAGCCAGUUUCUCUGUUGACUCCAGAGUUCACAAAUCGAUGUCCAUUAGCACGCGAGGUGUCGGAAUGUUAGAUGUAAACACUUAAAUACUCAAGGCGGCCCUCGCCACUAACUAUGUCAGCUUUCUUUCUCCUUCCCCCACACCACACCAGCCUCUCUGCCCCCUCCAUCACUCGUCUCCUCUACACCACACCAGCCUCUCUGCCUCCUCCCUCACUCUCACCUCCUCUACACCGCAAGAUCUACACCACACCAGCCUCUACACCACACCAGCCUCUCUGCCUCCUCCCUCUACACCACAUGGUUAACUGAAUGCCCACAAAGGAAUCUACACCACCACCACCACCAAUAAACAAUUAGCCAACAUUCUUUCUCCUUCCCAAACACCACCACCACCACCACUACUACCCUUCACUGCAUCCUCCACACACCUCCACUCAAUACCACAUGGCCACCUAACUAGCUAUACACGGAGAAAUCGUCACCACCACCACUGCAACCAACACUACCGCCUCCCCUACCCUCCCCUCACUCCACAACACCCAAGGCCUAAAUCUAGUCUCAAUAGGCCUACAGAGGAGAAUACACUGCAAGGAUCACCUCCCCCACCAUCACAACUCUCCCUUCCACAGUCACCUCUCCCCACCACUACCAACUGAGUCACUACACACCCCCUCCCUUCCCUAUAUACAUUGGAUUAAGGAGAGAAAAAAGACAAAAUAAUAAAAUCUAGUUCUUGUUCAUGGCCAUUUUGUUUUGUAUCGGGAUCACGAGAAGGUUUUUAUCUAUCAUUAUUAUUAUUAUCAUCAUUUUUACUCUAUCUCCCUCCUUCUAUGUUUUGGGUGCAUGUGUGUGUGUGUGUGUGUGUGUGUGUGUAUGUGUGUGUGCGUGUGUGUGUGUGUGCGCGCGUGUGUGUGUGCUUGGGCCGCCAGCAGACCUACCUAGUGUUUGCAUCAGUAGUCUGUGUAAAGUUGUUAAUAUUAAUAAUCCCUAUCCUAACCUGUCAUGCCUAACCUCAUAUAACCUGAUCUAACCCACCCCCGUCUCUCCUCACGACGCCUAGAUAUACUGAAAGAAAACUAUAUGUAAAAAUAAUUCAAAACAGGCAUAAGAUUAAUGGAUAAAUAAAUACUUAAACCAAACGAG